AUGUCUCUGGAGCUGCGCGAAUACCCCAAGACAGAGCAGGCGCUGGUGACGGUGACAACCGCCUUUCCAGGUGCCGACGCCGACCUGGUGCAAUCCUUCAUUACUGAACCACUGCAACGCGCGGCUUCCGAAGCUGAAGGCAUCGACUACGUCACGUCUAACUCCCGCCAGGGUGUAUCGAUCAUUCAGGCUUACAUGGGGUUGAACUACGACCCCUACGAUGCGCUGGCGGAAAUUCAGGGCAAGAUUGCAAGCGAGCGCAACAGCCUGCCACGUGAGGCAAUGGAUCCCGUCAUUUCGCUGUCAACGAGCGAAGGUUGGGCACUGAUGUACAUGGCCCUGGUGAGCGAGGACAUGGAUACCGCGCAGAUGACGGACUACACCCUACGCAGCAUCGUCCCGCGGCUGCAGGCCCUGCCGGGCGUCGCCAAAGCUGGGAUUAACGGCGACCAGACCAUGGCGCUGCGCGUAUGGCUCGACCCGAUGCGCCUUACCGCCCUAGACAUGACCGCGUCUGAAGUGCGGCGCGCAUUGCUUGCAGAGAACGUGCAAUCGGCAGUCGGCCAGACCAAGGGCGACAGCAUCAAAAUUAAUCUGUCAGCCACCACCAAUCUCACCACGGUGGAAGAAUUCAAAAACCUGGUAUUACGUACUGACGGCGCCGCAGUAACACGCCUGCAGGACGUGGCAGAUGUGCGCCUCUCCACCAGCAACCCCGAUCAGGAAAGCUGGUUCAGCGGCCGUCCCUGCGUGAUGCUCGCCCUCACACCCACACCCGGCGCAAACCCGUUGUUGCUUUCAGCUGAAGUGAAUGCACUGUUGCCUGAUAUACGCAACCAGCUGCCUCGCGGUAUGGAGUUGAAACUGAUUUACGACGGCAGCAUGUACAUUGAAGAUUCUAUCGACGAGGUAUACACCACGUUGAUCGAAGCUGUGAUCAUCGUACUGCUGGUUAUCUUUCUGUCGCUGGGCACCUGGCAGGCGGCCGUGGUACCCGCCCUGGCUGUACCACUGUCUCUGAUCGGCGGCGCGUUCCUGAUGCUGCUUAUGGGUUUCUCGAUCAACCUGCUGACGUUGCUGGCCAUGUUGCUUGCCAUUGGCCUUGUGGUUGACGACGCCAUCGUCGUGGUGGAAAACGUGCAUCGCCACAUCGUCGAAGGUAAAACCCCUUACGAAGCAGCACUUACCGGUGCGCGCGAACUUGUGCUGCCUAUCAUCUCCAUGACCACCACGCUGGUGGCCGUCUACGCACCCAUUGGUUUCAUGGGCGGCCUGGCAGGAUCAUUGUUCACGGAGUUCGCCUAUUCACUGGCGGGCACCGUGGUCGUAUCCGGUAUCGUAGCGCUCACCCUGGCACCCAUGUUGUGUGCACGAAUCCUCCCCGACCGUAAUCACAGCAACGCGUUCGAAGGGUUUGUGGAUAAGGCUUUCGCCUAUCAGGUCCAAUUCCAUCAAUGGCUGCUGCGCGAUGCGCUUCGAUAUCUGGCGGUGCCGCUCCUGGUCGCCCUCUCGGUAACCGGAUCCAUUUACUUCAUGUACCAGGGCAGCACCCAGGAACUCGCACCUACAGAGGAUCGCGAGGUGUUGAACGUGCAGAUAUCGGCACCGGAAACGGCAACGCUGGAAUAUACCGCGGCGCAUGCAGCUGAAGUGGUCAAAGCCUUUGAGACCUUUCCGGAAUAUCUGCGCAGCUUCCUGCUGAUCGGUGGCGGCGGCACCCCCGCGAGCAGCUUUGGCGGCUUCCGUUUUGUACCCGUUGCGGAACGGGAACGAUCGCAGAUGGAGCUUCAACCCCUGACACAGGCGCUUGUGAAUCAGAUAGCCGGGGUCCAGGUCGCCGUCUUCACCUUUCCUUCCCUGCCUGGCGCCUCGCGUGGUACGCCAUUGCAGUUUGUGCUGACGGGAGAUUCCACUUACGAGCAACUCGUGGAAAUGGCAGACCAGCUGAUUGGGGAGAGCUACAAGAGCGGUAACUUUGUCUAUCUGCGCAAAUCCGCCGAGAUCGCGCUACCCCUGACACGAAUGGUUAUCGACCGGGAUCGCGCCGGAGACCUGGGCGUUGAUAUGGACGAAUUUGGUGCGACCCUGACAACACUGCUUGGCGGCGGAUAUGUGAGCAGGUUCAAUCAGGCUGGACGGAGUUACGAGGUUAUUCCCCAAGCCGCGCGACGCUAUCGCAUGGAUGAGUCUCUGCUUGAGGAUUACCACGUUCGCGGCGGCGACGGCACGCUUAUUCCACUGGGCAGUUUCGUCUCGCUCAAACACGAAAUUGAGCCCACCCAGCGUGCGCAGUUCCAGCAGCUGAACAGCGUGACCAUCAGCGGCAUCAUGGCACCUGACGUAUCACUGGGUGAUGCGAUGCAGUUUUUAGAAACAAAGGCUGCAGCAAUAUUUCCACAGAAUAUCGGCUUCGACUAUAUGGGCGAGUCGCGGCAGCUCGAGCAGCAGGGCAACGCGUUGCUUUAUACGUUUUUCCUUUCGCUGAUCUUUAUCUAUCUGGUGCUCGCCGCACAGUAUGAGAGUUGGCGUGACCCGCUUAUCAUUCUCGUGUCUGUACCCAUGUCGAUAGCCGGGGCGAUGCUGUUUAUCUAUCUGGGUUUCGCCACCAUCAAUCUGUACACGCAAAUUGGUCUUAUCACCCUGAUCGGGCUGAUCGCGAAGAACGGCAUUCUCAUUGUGGAUUUCGCCAACCGUCUGCAGGAAACAGAAGGCUUGAACAAACGCGACGCUGUGGCAAAAGCCACUGCCACACGCUAUCGACCCAUCCUGAUGACCACCGUCGCAAUGCUGAUGGCCAUGGUGCCGCUGCUGCUUGCCACCGGACCUGGUUCAGUAAGCCGGUCUCAGAUGGGACUGGUUAUUUUCUCGGGGCUUGGGCUCGGCACGCUGUUCACCCUUUUUGUGGUUCCUGCAGUCUACGUCCUGCUGGCCAAAGACCGGAAGCCUCAGGUACAAGACGUGCAACAGGUGGCUGCAGAGACCACCGCGUAA